AUGAAAAAUGAACUUGUUGUUCUGGAUUUGAAUCAAACUUGGUCUGUUGUGGAUUGUCCUCCUGGUGUAAAACCCAUUGACUGUAGCUGGGUGUAUCAGAUCAAGCGUCGCCCUGAUGGUUCUGUGGAACGCUAUAAGGCUCGUCUUGUAGCAAAAGGAUUCACACAAAAAGAAGGGGUGAAUUUCUUGGAGACUUUUUCUCCGGUAGUAAAACCAGCUACAAUCCGACUUGUAUUAGCUCUGACUUCUAUGAAGAGGUGGCCUAUCCAUCAACUAGAUGUUAACAAUGCUUUUUUGCACGGAGAUUUAUCUGAAGAAGUUUACAUGACAUUACCUCCUAGAAUCAGUUCUAGUCAUCCAAAUCAGUGUUGUAAACUACUGAAAUCACUGUACAGUUUGUGCCAAUCAAGUCGUAUGUGGUAUAAAAAAUUAUCCAAACUUUUAAUUUCUUGUGGAUACCAGCAGACUCUAUCUGAUUACAGUCUUUUUGUCAAAAUUAUUGAUGCUGAAGUUUCUGUCUUAUUGGUGUAUGUUGAUGAUAUUAUUCUCACUGGCAAUUCUAUUUUUGAGAUGGUUACUAUUAAAUCUAUUUUAAAUCAGCAUUUUAAAAUCAAAGAUUUGGAUACUCUUAAAUAUUUUUUGAGUAUUGAAGUUGCUCAUUUUGCUCAAGAAAUUUCUUUAUCUCAAAGAAAGUAUUGUGUUGAUUUAUUGGAAAAUUCUAGCUUGUUGGGUGCUAAACCAGCAUCUGUUCCCAUGGACAGUUCUACAAAGUUACAUCAGGACAAUAGCCCUUUGCUUUCUGAUCCUUUAAUUUAUCGACGUCUUGUUGGCCGCCUCCUUUACCUUACUACUAUGUGGCCUGACAUUACAUACGCUACACAGCAGCUUAGCCAAUACAUGGCUUCUCCUACUGAAUCCCAUUUUCGUGUAGCAAAUUGGGUUUUGAGAUAUUUGAAGUCUAAUCCAGGCAGAGGUCUUUUCUUUUCACGUGACUCUUUUGUUCAUAUAUGUGAAUUCAGUAAUUCUAAUUGGGCGGGUUGUCCAGAUACUUGUCGUUCUUUAACUGGUUAUUGUUUCUUUUUGGAAAAGUCUCUGAUCUCUUGGAAAACAAAGAAGCAAUCCACUAUUGCCAGAUCUUCAACAGAAGCAGAGUAUAGGGCUCUUGCAAACACCACGUGA